UGUGUCCAAGAUGGCGACCUCCAUCGUUCUGUAUUAUACGUUCUCUCCAAUUGCAACAAAAUAACAUUAUUGUCACAUGUCAAAACGUUGUUGUUGGUCGCAGAAAAUACAACACGGUUUAGUAUAUUGAAUCGGAAACGUUAAAAUCGUCUCCAAUGCUUUGUACAUUUGUAGAACUGCGCGCGGUGUUGGUCUGAGGGGAUUUCCGAGCAUGGCCACCGAUAACAGAAUUCAUUUCUGGAGGAAAAACGCAAAGGUUCCAGGGAGUAUACAGCCAGUUUAUGGAGCACAGCAUCCUCCCCUUGACCCCAGAAUUCACCGCACGUUUCCUAAAGACACUCCAAAGGCAAAUAAUCUCAAGUCCAAAAAGGCAUCGAGUUUCCACGAGUUUGCCCGCAGCACAAACGAUGCCUGGGACAUUGACGAUGAGGAGGAUGAGGACUUCUUAGCUCCCAUCCAUCCCUCAUCUCUCCCGCCCACCCUGCCCUCCACACACCAGGUACCUCCUCUUCCUCCACAACAACCCAUUAACACCACCAUUGAGCCAGACACAGGGCCAGGGCCUGCAGACCGGCUGGCUCCCCCAACAGCAGAGGUCCGCCUUCAGCAUGAGGAGGCCACAGACUGUGGACAGAUCAAUGGCAGAGUGGUGGUGAAGUCCAGCAGUGAGGCCCAGCUCAACACCAAUACAGUGCAUUCCACUCUGCAGAAGCAACAGUCUCUCCCAGUGCGCCCCAUCAUCCCGUUAGUCGCCAGAAUCUCUGACCAAAAUUCAUCGGGGGCCCCAAUCAUGACAGUGCGAGACAAGAGUCGAUUGGACAAAUUCAAAUACCUUCUGUCCUGUCCUAACACCGACCUUGAGGAGCUCCGGAAGCACAGCUGGUCAGGCAUUCCACGAGAAGUGAGGCCCAUCACAUGGAGGCUCCUCUCUGGUUACCUCCCAGUCAACAUGGAGCGCAGAGACCUGGUGCUGAAGAGGAAGAGAGAUGAGUACUUUGGUUUCAUUGAACAGUAUUACCACUCCAGGACAGACGAGACUUACAAAGACACAUAUAGACAGAUCCACAUUGAUAUUCCGAGGACAAACCCACUAAUUCCACUUUUCCAGCAGCCUGCGGUGCAAGAGGUGUUUGAGAGGAUCCUCUUCAUCUGGGCUAUCCGCCAUCCAGCCAGCGGCUACGUCCAGGGAAUCAAUGACUUGGUCACUCCAUUCUUUGUGGUAUUCCUUUCCGAAUUUGUUGAGGAGGAUGUGGAGAAUUUUGACGUAGCGUCCUUGCCUCUUGACACCCAGAGGAACAUUGAGGCAGACAGCUUCUGGUGCAUGACCAAGCUGCUGGACGGAGUACAGGACAACUACACGUUUGCUCAGCCAGGGAUACAGAACAAAGUUAAAGCUUUGGAAGAAUUGGUCAGCAGAAUCGAUGAGGACAUACACAACUACUUUAAGAGGUAUGAGGUGGAGUACCUGCAGUUCGCUUUCCGCUGGAUGAACAACUUGCUGAUGAGAGAGCUGCCUCUACGCUGCACCAUACGCCUCUGGGACACCUAUCAGGCUGAACAAGAGGGCUUCUCCCACUUCCACCUCUACGUCUGUGCUGCUUUCCUGAUCGAGUGGCGCAAAGAGAUCCUCUCCAUGGUCGAUUUUCAGGGUCUUCUCAUGUUACUCCAGAACCUUCCUACAAUCCACUGGGGGAACGAGGAAGUGGGUCUUCUCCUGGCUGAAGCAUACAGACUCAAGUAUAUGUUCGCUGACGCGCCCAAUCACUACAAGAGAUAGGCCUUCAUGCCACUGUUUCUUAAACUCUUUUUUUAACCAUGGCACACCUUGAUAGGAUAAAACAUUGUGCUGCACACCUGCAAUUUCCCUAUUCAUGUAGUGGUAAUGGCAUGCAUCUUACAUGAUCCAUACUGCAAAUCAUCUAUUUUCUGUGACAAAUGUUUUUUUAUAGGUAAAAUGGAGUUAAUUUGAUCGUUCCUUAAUCUGAAUGUGUGUCUACCCCUUAAAGAGUGUCCUGUGAAUCCGAGUUAGAAUUGUUUAUUUAUAGGUCCGGUAAUAUAUAUAUAUAUAUAUAUAUAUAUAUAUAUAUAUAUAGUCUGUUACAAAUAUAUAUAUAUAUAUUUUUUUUUACGGUUUGGGCUACAUAUGAACAGUUGUCUGCAUUGUUAAUGGUGCAACCACGGACACAAAGCCACGCUCCGUUUGUUUCUACGGCAACGGCUGUGGUACAGCUAAACCUAAUCAGACUUGGUUAUGCUAAUUGUUCUCACAGGCGAAGUAAAGGGAUAUAAAUGUCUUUUCUCGUGAUGCGCGCCCCUCAAAUGAUACAAAAUGUAACAACAGCCUGAGCGCACUGGACUUGAAACAGCCACGCAGAUGGAACCAUGUGCCAUUCAAUGUAUUAUCUGAACGGCGCUCCCAAGUCCAAAUUCCACAGUUUACAUUCGUUAGUGUUUCCCCCCCCCCAAAAAAUAAUAAUAAUUAAGAUUAGGAAAAGUUUCACUGCACAGCUGAAAGUUCCUCAAGGCACAACAGUGUGCUGCGUCACACAGGUUGAAAACCACUGCUAUAUGCACUGGUGAACAGAUUGUAAAACAAGAGUUUGAUAUGUAGGUUUUUAAUCCUCUGACCUGACUGACGGACAUACUGUAAAAUACCUUGCACACGCGUAUAGAUUAUUCACUCAAAAACCCUGGCCUGAACUACCAUUUGUACAAUAUUUUUUUACUGUCUUUCUCUGUUAAUAAUUCUUUUUUUAUUUUACCUUUAUUUUACAAGGCAAGUCAGUUAAGAACAAAUUCUUAUUUUCAAUGAUGGUCUAGGAACAGUGGGUUAACUGCCUGUUCAGGGGCAGAACGACAGAUUUUGUACCUUGUCAGCUCGGGGAGUUGAACUUGUAACCUUUCGGUUACUAGUACCAACUAGUACCAAUGCUCUAACCACUAGGCUACACUGCCGCCCCAUUGCAUUGGCAAGUUUCAUUCCACUGACUCUGCAGUGUAUUAUCUUAGAGCCAGUGGCUUGAACGUCUCAGUAGUAGACUGUGACAAUUCACGCCGUAGGCAUCGAGUAGGGUCCUGGCAUACAGCUGUGAGUUCUGCUGUUGAAACUCUAUUGUGUACUGUGUAAAUGACUGGUAUUUUAGUCUGGAAGGGAUAAGUACUUGGCUAAUCGGUUAGUGGCUAGUUCAAAUUCAUUUAUACUGGCAUUAAAUCAGUAUUGUUUGUCUCAAAAGUUUUAACCGAACUCUGAAUGGAUGAUGAUGACAGUUUGAUCAUCCUUUAAGUUUCAGAGAGAAUAUACUUGAGUUAUUUUGUUUAUCGUUUGUUUAUAACAAGAGUUCUGUGGUAAAGCUUGCCCACAUAUAUUUGACCACUUUGUCCCCACUUGUUCCCUUCGUGGAUAUAUUGAGUCCAGCAAAAGGCCAGUCUGAAUAUCUAGUGAAGAAAUGGUACACCGUGAUACGAGAGGAGUCACAGCUGCUACCUAUAGCCGCUCUGUAGACCAGGAAAAGGUACUUUAUUUCAGGGCUUAUCUAUAGGGGUGCCAUAUUGAAUCCCAAGGCCUCAAUGUGAAUCGGAUGAGAAUAGCGACCUUUAAUUGUUGAUGUAUUGUUGUAAAGUUUGGACUAGAUAUAAAGUAUUAGUUGAACUAGAUAUAGCUGGAUUUUAUCAUCUGAUUAUUUGCUAUUUUGUUUAGUAAUCAUCAGACUUCAAUUUUCUUUCUAGAUUAUAUGAAACUGUGGCACGUAUGAAGGUUGAUCAAUUGGAUCAAAAAUGAAUUUGUCAUUUGCAACUGAAUGAGGCUUGUCUACCCUUCAAAUAGUGUAAACCUGAAGGGGAUCUGACACUUUACCAAAUGUAUAUUGUGUAUGUUUGUGGUGUUCAUAACAAUGCGAUGCAAAUGUUGCUUUGUCUAUUUCCUCUUCCUGAAGAAAUAUACAAACCAGUGCAAUCUAAAUCAACAAUCUGCAACACAAUAUAACAACCAUCCAGGAAGCUCUUCAGAUAGGAGAGAAAAUGACUGUUGUACUUCCCUGUUUGUUGUUUGCAACAGCAUCUACUCUUAUUUGGUAUGGUUAACUUAAACCGUUGUCUGUAAACUUUAUAGAAGUGCAAAUUGUGUAUAUUAAGAAUUCAAAUGUUCAGAUUUGUUAUAUAGUAAUUGACUGUGUUUUGCCUUGACUCUGAGGGUUGCUAAUGCUGAUGGGGAUUUUCAGAGGAAACUUUUAGUAACCCUCCCUACACAGUUACUUGAUCUAUUGAAAACGGUGUCCUGUGAUAUCAACACAGCUGUAUUUCAAGCCUUUGUUAUAAGAAUGUGUAAUGCUCUCUUUCAUUUACUGUCUAACAUGGAAAACUGAAAUGUUGUCAUUUGACCUUUUGUUUUGUGUCAGUUGAUAUUGGGGUUAUGUAGUAGCCUACCAGUUGAUAUUGGGGUUAUGUCGUAGCCUACCAGUUGAUAUUGGG